AUUUGAGACAAAGCUAUGUGCAGAAGAGAAGCAUGAGGGAUACGUGUAGAAGCAGCAAAAGCCUCAAGCGCCUCUUCUCUCUAACCAUCAGGAGAAGGAGCAAAGCUAAUGAUGAAGGAGAAAGCACAGAGAUUGGCGAGCCGAAGGAUACCCUGCUUGACCCCCCAUCACCCUUCAAACCGGCUUGGAGAUGCUUCUCCUACGAAGAAAUCUGCAAAGCAACGGACGGAUUCUGUAAAGAGAAUUUGGUGGGCAGAGGAGGACACGCGGAGGUGUACCGGGGAGCGACGGAGGACGGACGGGAGAUCGCCGUGAAGAGGCUCAGAAGAGCUUCAACCGACGAGCAACGAGAGAAGGACUUUUUGACAGAGCUCGGCACCGUCGGCCACGCCUGCCACCCCAACGUCUGCGGUCUCCUCGGCUGCUGCAUCGACCGGGACCUCCAUUUGGUUUUCGAGUUCUCGUCGCGUGGCUCCGUCUCUUCCAAUCUCCAUGAUGAGAGUUCGCCGGUGAUGGCUUGGAAGUUGCGGCACGCCGUGGCGUUGGGCACAGCCCGGGGGCUCCAUUACCUGCACAAAGAAUGCCCAAGGAGGAUCAUCCACAGAGAUAUCAAGGCCGCUAAUAUACUCCUCACUGCAAAUUUUGAACCAAAGAUUUCAGAUUUUGGUUUGGCAAAGUGGCUGCCAUCUGAUUGCACUCAUUGUUCCGUAACGCCGAUCGAAGGAACAUUUGGGUGCUUGGCACCCGAGUACUUCAUGCAUGGGAUUAUCGAUGAGAAGACUGAUGUCUUUGCAUUUGGCGUUUUUCUAUUAGAGCUCAUAUCUGGGAGGAAACCAGUGGACGGCUUUCAUAAAAGCUUGCUUAGUUGGGCGAGACCUUUUCUUAACGAAGGCAAGAUAGAAAUGCUAGUUGAUCCGAGAUUAGGGGAUAAUUACGACAUAGGACAGCUCAGAAGACUCUGUUUUCCAGCUUCUCUUUGUAUCAGAGCAACGGCAACAUUGCGCCCUUCCAUGACUGAGGUUUUGGAGAUGCUGGUAGGUGGAGAGAUUUCACAAGAUAGAUGGAAGGUGCCAGAAGAAGAAGAGGAUGAAGAAUUUUGGGGCUUUGAUGAUCUCGACGACGAUGAUGAAAAUGAAUUGGAUACCCCGUCCACAUCUUCCACAGGCAGCUCUGGUCGAAAAUUUUCUUAGAUGCACUUUGUAAACAUCAUCAGCUCAGCUCUUUUUUGUAGAACAAGAAGUUGUAUAUUUGAUCAUGACAAACUGAAAGUUCAUAUUGUGUACCUUGGAUGAAAUCUGUGCUGCCACUUCCUUAUUUCAUAAAGCAUAGAGCAUUAGUAGAGAUUAGUUAAACAGUUUUGGAUUGGAUAGGAAAUGUGAGAUGGUGUUGGUUGAGGA